GGUGCACUUUCUGUCCCGACACCAUCCCCUUUCCUAGCGCCUUCUCUCUGCUUCUAGGAGGCUUGACUGCUCAGGCAAGGGAGCAGAGGCUAGGGGCCUCUCUCCUGGCUUCCCUCCCCAUCUCACCGAGCCUGUCAGUCAGGAGGCCGCUGGUUCUGCAGCCGCGGGUGGCCUACAGCCAGAGGGCGGAGCCCAUCCGGGCGGGACUGGCCGUAGGUCCACCUCAUAAAGCCAGGGGCGAGAGGCGCAACGCGCCCUGAAGGAGCCCUGGAGGGGCUAUUUAGCCUGACAGACCGCACAGGCCCAGCCGGGGCUGACAGUGACAUGCCCCGGGGCCCCCGGAUCGCGCCGAGCUGGGCGCUGUUGCUGCGGUUGCUGGCACUGCUUCGGCCGCUGGGGCUGGGCGAGGCGUGCAGCUGCGCCCCCGCGCACCCCCAGCAGCAUGUCUGCCGCUCGGCGCUCGCAAUCCGGGCCAAAAUCUCCAGUGAGAAGGUAGUUCCUGCCAGUGCAGACCCUGCUGACACUCAAAAAAUGAUCCGGUAUGAAAUCAAACAGAUAAAGAUGUUCAAAGGGUUUGAGAAAGUCAGCGAUAUUCAGUAUAUCUAUACACCUUUUGAUUCCUCCCUCUGUGGGGUGAGACUGGAAGCUAACAGCCAGAAGCAGUAUCUCCUGACUGGUCAGGUCCUCAGUGAUGGGAAAGUCUUCAUCCAUCUGUGCAACUACAUUGAGCCCUGGGAGAACCUGUCCUUUCUGCAGAGAGAAAGUCUGAAUCACCACUACCAUCUGAACUGUGGCUGCCAAAUCACCACCUGCUAUACAGUGUCCUGCACCAUCUCGGCCCCCAACGAGUGCCUCUGGACAGACUGGCUGUUGGAACGGAAGCUCUAUGGGUACCAGGCCCAGCAUUAUGUCUGCACGAAGCAUGCUGACGGCACCUGCAGCUGGUACCAGAGACAUUUGCCCCUCCGGAAGGAGUUUGUUGACAUCAUCCAGCCUUAGGAGGGACUGCCACAUUCCUUCAAGAGUCCUAAAGACCAAGCCAUUCUCCUUCUCUGCAGAGGUCUGGCUGUCACCAUCUGCCUCAUCGCUGCCAGCCAGCAGGAAGUACCAAGUGGCUGGUCUGGCCAGCUUUAGGGCAGGGGUGGGGCGUAUAAAAGCUUGUGUCUGAGACCCCAUCCCAGAAUCUGUCAAGGGCUAGGGAAAGUAGCCUGGCUUUUCUCUCCUGCCCUCAGCCCCUCACCCCUGCCUCCCAAACCCUUUUAGUCGAGCUGGUACUUGUUACUGAUUCCAGAUUAGUUAGUUUUCCAAAGCUGGGACUAUUCCUUUUUCUCCACAGGAAAAUGCGUUUUCUCUUCUCUUAACUGAUCUGACAGGGGAGAGAUGGUGGAUAUUAUGCACACGAGAUGGUGUGGCCCUGUGAUGACAGUACCCGGAAGUGGGUGGACAGUAUCCUAAGCAGGGUGAGGCGGAGGAAUGAAAAGAACAACAU